AUGGAUCAUUCAGAUUUAAUCGCUGAAUUAAGCGAAAUUGAAAAAAUGACACCCGCCGAGCGAAUUGCUCUUGCAAGAGAACGGAGACGAUUGCAGCUGAAAAAAUGGGAUGAUCGUGAAAAACAAAUGCCACCUCCUUUACCUCGUCGUCCACGACUUAAAUUCAGUGCUGAGGUUGCUUUACUCGAAGCAGCUAGUCGUGAUGACGCAGCUGAAGUUGAACGGUUGCUGUUAGAAGGUGCUACACCGAAUUCGCAUAAUGAAGACGGUCUUACACCUUUGCAUCAAUGUGCCAUCGAUAAUAAUGAGCAAAUUCUGCAAUUACUAUUGAGAUAUGGUGCAGAUGUAAAUGCUCAAGACACAGAACAGUGGACACCACUGCAUGCAGCAGCAUGUUGCGCUCAUAUUGAUAUUGUGCGGCUGCUUAUCGAAAAUGGUGCAAAUUUAUUAGCUGUUAAUGCGGACGGAAAUAUGCCUUACGAUAUAUGUGAUGAUGAAGCAACUUUGGACGUAAUAGAAACUGAAAUGGCAAAUCGAGGAAUAACACAAGCAUUUAUUGAUGAACAGCGUGGUGCUGCAGAAAAACAAAUGUUAGAUGAGAUGAAAUUGUUAAGGCAGGAAGGUUAUCCACUGGAUGCCCGUCAACUUGAUGGGAGCACAUAUUUGCAUAUUGCUGCGGCGAACGGCUAUUUUGAUGUCGCUGCAUUUUUAUUACGAUGUGGUGUAUCACCUUCCGUUCGUGAUAAUGAUCUUUGGAUGCCCGUACAUGCUGCAGCCUGUUGGGCUCAACCCGAUUUAAUUGAAUUAUUGUGUGAAUAUGGCGGAGAUAUUAACGCCAAAACGAACAAUUUGGAGACUCCUUUAGAUUUGUGUGAAGAUUCAACAACGCGUGCUAUUAUUUUAAAUAUGCAACAACAAGAAGCUCGUAAAAAACGAUUAGCAUUCGGUGUUCGUGACAGUCGUAGGCAGUCGAGAAAAAGGAAAAAGUUUGAAUCUCCUCAGCAACCUACGGCUAGUACUGAUAAUCCAUUCUCAGCGAGAGGAGCCAUUCGUCGCCUUUCUUUGCGAGAUCGAUCUGGUAUGACUCUUGCCAGACUUGAAGCUCAGAAAGAACAAACUGAUAUUUUGAGGUCCUGGAGUAAAGAAGAUAUUUCUCGUACCAAGGAGGAUGUAAAUUUUACUGGUAUGAAAUCAUGCGGUCAUUCGGAUACACUCGAAAAUAUUGGGCAAUUCACUAAUCAUCGACGGGAUAAUUCUAAGAAGGUUUUAAAAUCAUCUCAAAAAACGAAGCCGAUGUCCCCUGACGAAUGGCUUCGCAAAUUAGAUAGAGAAAUCGGGGAUAAUGAUGAUGAUGAUGGUGAUAACGAUGGACAUUUGCAAAGAGGUGGCAAAGGCAGAAGUAGCCAAAAAAAGAAAAAAAGAAAAGCUGGCAGUACUUCUAACGAAUUUGCUUCUUUACAAAAUGGUGGUGAUAGUAGUGCGAAUGAUUUAACAUUAUCACCACAAAAUAUGCGACGAAAUGUGGAUGGUCGUUCAGAAAUGCAGAAUUUAAUGCGACGAGACGACAAAAAAAUUUGCUGCUGCGUAAUUUGUUAA